UUUGACACACAAUGAGGUGCAGGGAACAACCUCGCGAAACGCCGCUGUAAAUAAAUAGAACAAUCACUGAAGCCACAGAAUCAUGGAGAAUCAGUGCACAGUGCAGGUGAAGCUGGAGCUAGGACACCGAGCCCAGUUGAGGAAGAAGGUGACCUCGGAGGGCUUCACCCACGACUGGAUGGUGUUUGUGCGAGGGCCUGAGACUGGGGAUAUACAGCACUUUGUGGAGAAGGUUGUCUUCCGGCUGCAUGAGAGCUUCCCCAAACCCAAGAGAGUAUGCAAGGAGCCACCAUACAAAGUGGAGGAGUCGGGCUACGCUGGGUUCCUCAUGCCCAUCGAGGUCUACUUCAAGAACAAGGAGGAGCCUAAAAAGGUGUGCUUCAACUAUGACCUCUUCCUGAACCUGGAGGGGAACCCCCCUGUCAAUCACCUGCGCUGUGAGAAGCUCACUUUUAACAACCCCACACGGGAGUUCAGACGCAAGUUGGUCAAGGCUGGAGGGGUCAUUGUGGUGCCGGAAGGGACAGAGGUGGUGUCGAAGCCCAGUCCAGACUACCCCAUGCUCCCCACCAUCCCACUAUCUGCCUUCUCAGACCCCAAGAAGACCAAGACCUCCCACGGGUCAAAGGAGCCCAGUAAAGAAGGCAGUGGAGGCAGCAGUAAAGGGCCCAAGCCCCACAAGCUGACCAAGGAGCACCGCGAACGCCCCCGCAAAGACUCUGAGAGCAAGGCGGCGUCUAAGGGUGACAGCGACCGCGACGGGGGAGGAGGGGGUAGCAGCAAGAGCGCCCGUGAGCCAUCUUCCUCUUCCAAGAAGCCAGCAGAGCUCAAAGUCAAAGACGAGGGCAAGGUCCUUCCGAAGGCCGCCUUCAAAGAGCCCAAACUCACACUGAAGGAGGCCAAGAUGGAGGGCAUGUCCCCCAAAGGAGGGGGCCCACUGGAGUCCAAAGCCCCCGGGAAGCGGCCCUCCACCGCGGAGUCUCCCAAACCCAGCGCCAAGAAGCCGAAGAAGGGCAGCUCGGAGGGAUCUAAGGGGGCAGCUGCAGUGCCCUUCACCGGAGCCUCUCCCCGGGUCACUUCAUCAUCUGCAGUCGUCCCAGGCUACCCAGAGAAGAAACCCCCCAAGAAACCCCCCAAGAGCAGCAAGGCCGACACUCAGGAGGCCAAGGAGCCCAAGAAACUGCCUGAGUCUGACGACUCCAACUCUGAGGAUGAAGCCUCCUCCAAAUCAGAGCAGUCAGUCCCCUCCAGUCCCUCAAACUCCACCUCCAGCUCUGACUCCAGCUCAGAGUCUGAUUUUGAGCCUGGACAGAAACAAGGCCAAGGCCCGCUGCGCUCUAUGGUGGAGGACCUACAGUCGGAGGGGUCAGAUGAUGACGACAGCAGCUCAGAGGAAGGGACGCCUGUCAAGACCAACCCGCCCAACCGUGACUCUCGACUGAGCCUGGACAGCGAGAGUGACAGCAGUGACGGCUCGCACCGCCCCAGUCGAGACCCGGCGCCGCCUCCACAGAAACACAGCUCCUCCAAUAACAAGGUCUUGGGCAGGAAGAGCCCAGACAUCUGCAGCCGCCCAGAGAAGGUGCUGAAGAAGGGAUACGACAAGGUAGGAAGGGCCUACACAGAGGAGCUGGUGGACCUCCACCGCAGACUAAUGGCUCUGAGGGAGCGCAACGUCCUACAGCAGAUAGUGAAUCUGAUCGAGGAGACGGGCCACUUCAACGUGACCAACACCACCUUUGACUUUGACCUGUUCUCUCUGGACGAGUCGACCGUCCGCAAACUACAGAGCUACCUGGAGACCACGUGACAGGAAGCCUGCAGCGCAGAGGACCGCGGCGGGGCCGAUGCUGGGCUGCUCUCUCUCCUCAGCCCGUGGACCCCCACUGGGGGGGUCUAGCAGUAGCAGAGCUACAGAACAACAACAGAACACACACUUUCACUAUUUGCUGGAGAAGAACAGAAUGGAGGAACAGGACGAGGGGAGGAGAGAGGAUGAGGUCAGAGUGAGAGAGAGAGCAGCUAUUCCACUGUCCCUCUAACCUGGACUAGACUGGACUGGACUGGACUGAAGGACCGGACUAUAGGAGCUGGCCUGUCUGGACUGGGACUGGCAGGAGAUGUAUUAUAUAUGUUUCUUGUGCAGAGCAGCCUGUGUGAAGAACUGUGGAAUGCGACCGCUCUCCUCUCCCUCCCCCUCUCGACUCACAUCUAGCCAUGGCAAACCCAAUACUUCCCUCCUCCUCUCCUUCCUCCCCACUCACACUCUCUUACUCGGCACAACACUCCUCCCCUCCCCCUCCUCUCAGCUGGAGUUCAUUUCUCUGUAGGCAUAUUCCUGUCUAUGCAUGCGUUCGUGUGUGUGUGUGUGAGGGAGUGUGUGUCUGUGUGAGCAUUUCAGAGGCUUUAGGGGGGAUGAUGUCUUUGGUUAGUGACUUUUUCAGUGUUCUUUAAGCUAGCUUGAGCACAAGCAACAGCCCUUACACACACACACACACACAGUGAGAGUCAUUUGGGUCCCAUGCCAGGGUGACUACACACACAGACACCUAGUUGUGUAUGUGCCUGUUGGUGGUAGUGUUUUGGAUGGGGUUCAUCUCUUGUCAGUUCAAACGUCCCUCCCUCCUUCCAUCUUGAUGUGCAUGAAAGGGCUCAACUGCUCGGGGAAAGAGAUGUGGAGGAUCACUUCUGAAUUGCCUUUUUUAGUGGUGGGGGGUAAAAAGCCAUGACAAGUAGCAUAGUCUCCCAGAUCAAAAAAAAAAAAAAGGGUCCACGCUUUUUUUUUUUUUUUUGUACUGAUACAUUUGGAGUAGUUUUGGGGAUUGCGGUUCAGAUACCUGUAAGCUAUGAAUGUAUUACUGUUCAUUUUCUAGGGCUAGCAACAAACCUAUUAUCCUCUUAGUGCCUUUAUGUGUUGGCCAGUGUGAGGAGGGUCCACUGACACUGGUUAAAGAGCAAUGUCCCUCCCCUGACUGUGUUAAUUGGGAAGCCUGAAACUCCAGUUGUCAUAACAGUGCCCUCUUAAAAUCCGUUGAUGCUCCCAGUGGGGUUUCUCUGCAGAUUGCAGGCUUCUUCCAGUGAUCUAUCUCUGCUAUUAUUAGGAACACAAGCCUUCCAGAAAUCCUAAGACUCUGUUCAUCAGCAGUGGUACUUUAGGGAAAGUUCAGGCGUCUUCUCAAAAGGAUUGCCUUGUUUCUUUCCAGGUCCUAAUGAAUGGUUAUAUAGCUCAUAUUCUGUCCUGUCUGAGGUUUAGUUUUCUAUGGAUAGGGACAGUGCCAGACCAGGCCUCUGUCAGUCAGUCAGCCUGCUAGGCAUGUUUCUCUUACUGUGGCCCCUCUUGCCUUCACUUCCACUGUGGUUUCACACUCAGACUAACGGUAAAGUCUUCUCUUCGGGUGCUCCCACCCCGCGCCCCUCACUUUCUUUUUGUUUCACCUAGUGAACAGCUGUAUUUAUUUUGAUGAUAAUAGCUUUAAUAGUUGUGUCCAUUCUGUUGCCUGGCCCUGCAAAGUGCACACACACCUCUCUGCCCCUUCUCCUCUGUGAGGGUGCUGUGGUGUUGAGGACUGAAUGUGUGGAUCUGUUCUAGAGUGAAACAACAACCGCCUUAUGUUCCUCUCAGCAUCCACUCUGCUCUGUCCACCACCCCUUUAUUUGUUAGGGUGUGCCUAUGUCAACAAGUCCCUGCAAGUGAUUUUUAAAAGAUGAACUUUGCAACUGUGUGAGUGUGAUGGGUUGUGUGUGUCAAGCGAGAGGAACGUUCUUGUCCUCUUGUGUGUGUGAACUUUUAACUCCCCAGUCCUAGUUCAUGAACUCUGACCCUUGACAGGGCGCUCAGUUUGUCCGUUGUGUCAUGGAGUGGGGU